AUAUUUAACAUAAUAAAAUACCAUUGCAUUGUUUUAGACAUACUGGUAAAUCAAAAAUGUGGUAGUGUGUUUUUAGGCCAACUACAAAUUUAAACUGUAUUGAUUUUUCAUAUUUUUUCUUAUGAUUAUUUUUUAUGUGUGUCUUUAUCCUCUUUCUAUUUAAAAUGAAAUGUCUAUCCCUAUUAACUUACAGAAAUAUUCCACUUCCUACCAGUCCCAAAAUAGAUAACAUUUUUUAAGCUUAGCUUUGUUUAUACUUAAAAUAAACAAAUCAUUGUCAUCUUUUCAAUUAGGACCUUUUUAAUAGUCCCACGUAAUAGUGGAAAAAUUUAUUUGUCUUAUCUUAGAGACAAUAAAUAUUUAUUGGGUACUAAAUAGAUCUGCUUCAUAUUCCAACACCCCAUACGUCAUAGAUGUUAUAAAAGCGCAGAAAACGAACCUAAUAAUAAGACAUCACCCAGACGAAUCAGAAAAUCUCCGACUAAUUUGCACCAAUUUGAGGGAACAACUAAACGGAAGAGCAAACAUCGUUUUCGCUCCCGUAAGCCCAAGCCCAUGGGAUCGAUAGGAAAUUAGCAAAGUCAGUACGCGUACGUACGCCAAGGUGUAAGUUUCGGAUUGGAUAUGCCGGAAUCGCAGUCGACGGGUAGCUAUCCGGGGAAGUCCUCCCCAGAAUUGGACGUUGUGGAGCAGAUUCCCAGCGCCUGGUUCACAGCCAUUAUCAUCUAUACCGCUCCUUAUCCCUGGAAGGGGGAGCUGGUCUGCCAUCCGGCCGAAUGGAAUGAAAGCCGAUCGCGUGCGGAGCAUAUUAGCCAGAUCUAUCCACUUUGGCAGGAUGCAAGGAGCACGGAUCGGCUGUUCAAUGUGGAUGUGUGCAAUGCCUACUCGGAUUCCCUGGCCCGGGGAUUCGUCCGCAGUCAUGGUCGGCAGUGGAACGCCUCGGAAUCGAAGGAGCCGGAUGCCCAGUCUUCGCUGCCCUGCGAGCAUGUGGAACACAUGACGGACUAUAGAUCCCUGAUCAUCCAGUUCGAUCUAAUCUGCUCUCGUCGCGUUUUAGUGGCGGUGACGCAAUCUUUUCAUGCUCUCGGCGCCCUGAUUGGCGGUCUAAUGGCCUACUCUGCUCUCAAAAUCAUUAGUCCACGCCGUUUGAUGUUGCUCGGCAUGAUUGGACAGAUAUUUUGUGGUAACCUCACCGGUUUAGUGGACACCUACCAGUUGCACAUCUACUUUCGCUGCCUUACUUCCAUAUUUUGUGCUCUUAUGUAUACUUCCGGACAGUUUAUAUUAAACGACAUAACCUCGGGACAGGCUCGCAUCAUAGUGAUCACUCUAUCGGAGCUGUUCUGGUCCAUGGGUCUAGUACUCCUCCCUGCCAUUUCCAUAUACUUUGACGACUGGAGCUACCUGUACGUGGCCAUCUCCUCCUCCCUGAUUGUUCUGGUUUGGCUGCAUCGAUGGAUAGCGGAUUCUCCUCGCUGGCUGCUGCAACACCAGCGGAUUGAGUCUGCGCUCCGCCAGCUCCUGGAAUCUGCCACCUACAACAAUCGGAAGGUUCCACUCACCCUCGAUGUUCAGCUCACGGUGUACGCCAAUGACCUGGAGCAAAUGGCCAAAAAGAAGCCUGGUUACUGCCAAAUCUGGGAUGGCGAGACGAAACGCAGUCAACUAUUGUACAUUCACUGGAUCUGGGGUUGUGCUAUGGUACUUUAUAACAUCAUUCUGCUGAUGAUCCGGAACUUAGGAGCCCAACAAGUGCAUGUGAACACAGCGGCCUUGGGUUUUGCUGAGAUGGUGGGCGUUUUUGUGGGUCUUUACCUGAUCCUAUACACACGUCGACAUUGGCGGUGGGCAGGAAAUCUGAUGAUUAUAGCGGGUCUGAGUACUUACUUGAUAUGGCUUUUACCCGAAACUGAACGUAACUCCAGACGCGUGGGACUGGAACUGGUCUUCUGGUUUAUCUUAAAGGUGGCCAACUCCGCCUCGAUAGCCGUUUUGACCACCUGCACCAGUGAAAUCGUGUCCAAGGAGAAACGGGUGCUCCUGCUGCUGUCCGUGAUCUCAUUCAGUCGAAUGUGCCUGGUCUUCUGCCCGCUGCUGAGCUGCCUCACUGUCAUCCAUCACCUGGUUCCGAUCACCAUCUUGGCUACUAUUGGUUGGAUCUAUGGACUGGCCCUGCGUCGCCUCAAUCGCUACUACUGGAACACGGAGCAGCCGCAGAUGAGCCAGGUGCCCACGCCCAACACUUAUCGUCGCCAGUCGGCCAUCAUAUUGCGCCGCUGCAGCACCGACAGCUCAGAUUGCAGUGCCUAUAGCAACGAACUGUUGAGCAACUUUGAGAGGAAUAUGGCAGUCAGUAUAGCCGACAUUUGGCACAUCAACUUCCAUCCCUCCAGUGAGAUCGAAACGGAACUGGAGCAGCACAGACCGCAAACUUGCAGGUCGCACAGCUCGGAAACCAUUUGAAGAGCUUUCCUGAAGCCCAAAAGUAGGCUUUGUUAUGUGAUUGAAAAAAACAAGCCAAUCCUAUUUGUUGUUGAUAGUAAAAGUGUUUAUAUAUAAUUACGAAUU